ACGUUAGAGCCACCAAUGUGCAGGUCACCCGAUCUUUGUGAAGUAAGUGCAACCUGUCAUGUAAAAGAAUAAUAACAUUAAUGUAUCGUUUUAACUUUAUGAUUUCAUUUCACAAUGAAAUGAUAGCGUCCUCUGCUGUUGGGAAUUGUUAAACGGUAGUCCUGCUUGUUUUUGGUAAAAAAGAAAAAAGUGCUUCCGGAUUAGCCGUCAGGUAAGCUGCGUUUGUCAUCUAUCGAGUCCGCAAUUUUUAUAAAAUGUCGAUUUCCCAGGAAUCCGUGAUCACUUUUCAAAACCAACUCGCUACUAUUAUGGACGUUUUGGUAAAAAACACAGUCUGUGAAAUAACAAAGUUAUUCGAAAACAGUAUAGCUGAAAUUCAUUCUAUCAAUGUGACACAACGCGAGAUGGAAAUAUGCACAGCAAAACUCAAACUCCAGCAACCAAGUAAAACGCCAGAAACGGAGGAGGAAUACAGUGUGAACAGUGGAAGUAACAAGACAGAGUUCGAGGCUUGGGAUGAACACCUUUGCGCUGGUACCAUUGACGUAUUCGGACACUUUUCCAGCGAUAAUGAAAACGUGACAAAGACGGCCAUAGCAGAAAAACGGGAUGGUGACAACCAUUCGGAGGAUCGAGACUUCGAUCAGCGUUGGGGCGAUUUGUGGCCAGAUGGAGAAACCCCCAGUUCUGAAGCAAGGAUAACGCAGGCCCAGCCUAUCCAGGUCAAACAGGAGGUCCCCGAGGCUGAUUCGUGCUGCUCUGCGUGUGGGAAGACGCCCGUGUCCGCCGGGUCACUGUGCACCUCAUGCACCGCCUUCAGCCACCAGGGGGCGCAGAGCGACACGCAGACAUCGUCACACACACAACCAGGCAUGGAGAGUCUUCACGUUGCAAUGGAGGAUGUUCAAGCGGCAGUUAAAGGAAUACUGCCAGAGCUGGAGACGGAGCAACUGAAGCCUUUGGUGGAGCACCUCAAGGGAAAUGUUGGAGUGGAAAAUAGUGCUGAUCUUCAGCACGUGCUGCUGAAAGAUAUUCAUGCCUGCUUGACACCAGUCCAGUGCCGGAGAUUUCUUCAGCUUCAGCAGAGAGACUCCACUGGUGAACAAGUGCCGCAAACUCGCUCGCCUCCUCCGCCUUCCGUGUCACACGGUGGAGACAAGUGUGAGCUGGUGUCCCUUCCCAUAUGUCCGCCUGCUUUACCCGCGAGCCCGCUGCACUUCGGCAUGGGCUCGUCCUGGAUCCGGGCCUUUCAGGUGCCUUGGGAGAGGAUGCCCCAGAGCCUCAGGGAGGCUGUGGCCACUGGGCGCCGGCCUCAGCCCGCAGACAGGAGGCUGAUGGUCAGGGUCACGGUGGACGCGAUGAUGAAGCGCUGCCCCAACCCCACCAGGGCUGCCUGCGCGGAAAUAGCCAAGGCCAUCGUAGCGCAGCACCCGCACUCCUUCGGCGACCUGACCGAGGAAGGGGAGAAGCUCGGCAGCGGGUUCCACUCCCUCCUCACCCAGAUAAAGACGAGGGUGGAGCACGUGAACAGGAAUAACGUCGUGAAUAGAAUCCGCCGGCCCAGGAGGAGCAACGCGGGUCUAGAUGUCGAGAGGAGCGGCAGGCAAGCCAGGUGUUUGCGAACCAAGGUUGACAGUUACGGAUGCAUCAACUGGCAGCCAAAGGAGCUUCCGGAUGGAGAAACCGUGGAAUCUCUUGAAAGCAGGAGACGGACUAUGGCGGCCAUUUUCCAUAGCUUGGGCUCCAGCGGUGCGGCGGAGAGAGAAGUGGACGAGCACAUGAGGCUUACAUACGUCUGUCAACGGCAGAUGAUCAACGGAUGCCCUCCUCCACCCAUCGGCGAGGUCCAAGAACAAUGGCCAUUUCUUUUUACCAAGAGAUGCCUCUCUGCACACUUCCAUAUGCUCACCGGCAUUGACAUUGACGGCCGUCUGAGUGAAGCGCUCCUGUUCAAGGGGAGGAGAAUUGUGAACUUUUUUGAGAGCCAGAAGGCCAGGUGGAGCAGGGACAUCCAGUGCCUGCUCCGUGAGAUACAAGGUGGCUUCCAAGGGACCAACCAGAACCUAACAGCCAUUGCUGCCAUUCUUUUGGUGAUGAAACACUUCAAGGAGAAAGAGGACUCUCUCUUCCUGUCGGCAGAUGUGGCUGCAACUAAAGCGGACAUUGAGGAGCAGCUAACUUUGCCAGAUACCCCAAGACUCAUCAUGCUUGGAAAUAGCCUACUGACUGCAACCCGCUGGAUGGUUAGCAUUGAGGGCAGGGUGGCCUAUGUGCUGGACAGCCAGUCGGAUUUUGCAGCUGCCCUGACGGUACUCUUUAGCAGCUUCUAUGUUUUUAACAUCGAAUAUCAGGAGGCAGCCUGUACCACCCUAGAGUUGAUACAAAGAUUUUUCUCAAGAAUCAACCCAGAAUAUGGGAUAAAGUGCACGGCUAAAGUUGGAGUGAGCCGCAAGUCUGGUACAAUUGUGCAAAGGAAGGCAGCUGCUGUCAACCCCCAUGUCACAACCUUCCUCCAGCGUCUCAUGGAGUUUGAGUGGAGGACCUCAAAAUGAAGAACACACAGCUCACUCACUUGCGCAUACACACAUUGCAAAUAUCGCCCUGUUCUUGAGUUGAACCUUGAAUUAAAUGUCAUUAAAUUAACUAACGAAAAUAGACCGUGUUUGUUAAAUGAGUUAGAUAUUGAACCUUGAAUUAAAUGUUACUAAAUGAAGUGAAUGAAAUAAUUUACUUUUUGUUUUCAUUACAAUGUUAGAAUGAAUAGGACCAUAUACAUAUUUGAUAUAUUUUAAUUUUACUGUAGAAUUACAUUUAACAGUAAAUCAAUGCAAUGCUUACAGUAGUAAUUAAAGCCUUGUUACCAUAGGGCUUUCUUGCUGCUAAACCUGAUUGCUGUAGAGCUGCCUUAAAACCAAAUACAGCCACUUGCUGGAAACUGUUGCCAGUGGAAAUACAGUUUACCACUGUGAAAGCUAUUGGGUGCACAAGACAUUAUAGCUCUAUGAAAUAAAACAAUAAAAAAACCUUUAAAGGUAAAAUAGGUAGAGUUAAAACAUUGUUACAAGACGAUUGUAAAUCCCUUUCUAUCAUUGAAAAAGGCUGACUCGCCCUCUGCCUGUGUUUAUUGUCCUUAAAUUCAGGUUUCAAAAUACAGUUGAAGGACCGACACUGUACAGAAAUUCAAGCUCAUUGGUUGAAAAUUGGUUCUAAUUGCCAUGGCGAAUGGUGUUUCAACGUCAGUGCGUUUACAGAGAAGGGGGAGGGAUAAACAGUGUUGUGGUUUGAGUGUGUUGGUCGCUGCUAUUCCUCUCUUGACCGUUAGAAGUCCAAAAUUAGCUAUUGUACCUUUAAGUAUCCCAAUUUCUCAGAAAACGCUACUGCAAAGUUGAGAGGUAGUUAUAAUGACAAGGGUUACGCACUUUUCAGGAGUUGAAGACAAAAUCCAAUCUCCCAUUUAUGUUAGAUCCACUUUAAAAACAUUUGGUGCUCUUUGGGCUGCCCAUGACCUCACCACGCAGGUUCUUCGUGGAUUGAUCCUCAAAUAUCAUCUGGAAUGGUGUCCAAUAAAUGCAGAACACUUGUAUUAAAA